GACUCACCAUAAAUUUACCAUAAUACCCAGAUCGGAUCUUCCCUUUAUAUGUCAUUGCCACCAUUUUGUUAGGGGUAUUUCAGGGAUUUCCUUCUGAAAAUGUGGAGGAAGUAAAUAAGAAAUUUGGGUUAUUUUUGGUUUAUUUUUUAUUUAUUUGGUUCUUUGCACAUUGUGGGUAGUUUUAUUUUUGGGGGGUUUUUGGAAAAGAGAAGAAUUUGGGAAGGAUUUGUUUGUGGUGGUAUAGAUGUCAGAUAUUGAAGAGAGAAUGAAACAUCAGCAAAAGAAAAAAAGUGGUGGGUUGAAAUUUAUGGGGAUGUGUUUUAGUUCUAAUGAAUCUCAGCAACAAUCUUUGCAAGAGCAGCCACAUUUGCAGAAACAACAAUACCAACAAUAUCAACUUCAUAGACAUCAACAAGUUCCUCGUCAUCCUAGAGGUGGAGGUGGUCAUCGAGCUGCUCGAAUGUCCCCUGUGCUAAAUCAGGCUAUAAUGACUAAAAGUAAAGAAGAAUCACGUAAAGGGGAGCAACAGAAUAAUAAGAGCCCAAACUUUUUGUUUACCCCUAAAGAUGUGAAAGAACUCCGUCAACACCCUGAAUACAGUAAUGUUGACAUCUUUACAUUUGAGGAGAUGAAGUUGGCCACGAAACACUUUCGACCAGAUCUUAUACUUGGGGAAGGUGGCUUCGGAGUUGUUUAUAGAGGAGUUAUUGAUGAGAGUGUGAGGCCAGGAUACAAGACCACAGAGGUAGCGAUUAAGCAACUGAACCCAAAUGGUUUUCAAGGGGACAGAGAAUGGCUGACAGAAGUUAACUACUUAGGACAGCUUAGCCACUCCAACCUUGUGAAGCUGAUUGGAUAUUGUUGUGAAGAUGAUCACAGGCUGUUGGUUUAUGAAUACAUGGCAUGUGCAUGCCUGGAGAAACAUCUCUUCCGCAGAAUGUCUUCUACUCUGACGUGGUUGAGACGAAUAAAAAUUGCUCUUGAUGCUGCAAAGGGGCUUGCUUUUCUUCAUGGCUUGGAGCGACAAAUCAUAUACCGUGAUUUUAAGACUUCGAAUAUUUUGCUUGAUUCGAAUUUCAAUGCAAAACUUUCUGACUUUGGGCUUGCUAAGGAAGGCCCUAUGGGAGACCAAACCCAUGUGUCGACUCGUGUUAUGGGCACUUAUGGAUAUGCAGCUCCAGAGUAUGUGAUGACUGGGCAUUUAACGGCAAGGAGUGAUGUGUAUGGUUUUGGAGUUGUGCUGCUUGAGAUGCUAAUUGGAAGGAGAGCACUAGACAAGAGUAGACCGAGCCGAGAACAUAAUCUUGUAGAGUGGUGUCGUCCACUUUUGAACAAUAACAAGAAACUUUUACGGAUUCUAGAUGCAAGAAUUGAUGGGCAGUAUUCACUCAAGGCAAUGAUGAGAGUGGCGACCCUUGGAUACCAAUGUCUUAGCCAAAACCCAAAAGGUAGGCCGUCAAUGAGUCAUGCAGUUGAUGUUCUUGAAGCCAUUUAUGAGGAGGAGCGGAUUCGGGACAUGGCAAUGUCAGCUCAAAAUGAAGCUCCUAAAGAAAACCCAAAUGUUGAUCUCCAAGUGGAGAACAAAAUCAUCGCAGCUAAGAAUGAAGAAGAAAGAGUUAAUGUACCACGUCGAAGGAAGCGAGAGGGAAGAAGCAAAAGUGAACCUCAAAAUGAUGUUUUUGCUGCUGGUCUAAGUCUAUCCCCCGAAGUCAUCACUCACAAUAAAUCUUAUAGAGAUCAGCUUUCGGAAUGACUUUUCUUUUUCGACAUGCCAUGCCAGGUCAAACUUGAA